UUGAGAGAUAUUUUCCUAUAUUAUUUGCUAGUAAGAGAGGUUUUCAGACGAAGAAAAAGAAAAUCUUCAUAAAAUGAGUUGUUUCUCGUGCUUCUCUUCAAAAGUUCUGGACAAUGAAGGUUCUUCGAUGCCUGCUCCUUAUAAGCAACCAAACUCACCUAAGAGAACAACAGGAGAAGUGGUGGCUAAGAACGCAAACGGACCAUCAAACAAUAUGGGGGCACGUAUUUUCACGUUCCGUGAGCUAGCCACCGCGACAAAGAAUUUUAGACAAGAGUGCCUCAUUGGUGAAGGUGGGUUCGGGAGGGUUUACAAAGGAAAGCUUGAAAAUCCAGCUCAGGUCGUGGCAGUGAAACAACUUGAUAGGAAUGGAUUACAAGGACAAAGAGAGUUCUUGGUCGAGGUCUUAAUGCUUAGUCUUCUACAUCAUAGGAAUCUUGUGAAUCUUAUCGGUUAUUGCGCUGAUGGAGACCAAAGACUUCUUGUUUACGAGUAUAUGCCUCUUGGAUCUCUAGAAGAUCAUCUCCUCGAUCUUGAACCGGGACAAAAACCACUAGACUGGAACACUCGUAUUAAGAUUGCUUUAGGAGCAGCAAAAGGAAUUGAGUAUCUCCAUGAUGAGGCUGAUCCUCCAGUGAUUUACCGAGAUCUUAAAUCGUCAAAUAUAUUACUUGACCCAGAAUACGUUGCGAAAUUAUCGGAUUUCGGUUUAGCAAAGCUAGGUCCUGUUGGAGACACACUACAUGUGUCUUCCCGAGUUAUGGGAACUUAUGGUUAUUGUGCUCCUGAAUAUCAAAGAACUGGCUAUCUAACAAAUAAAUCAGAUGUCUACAGCUUUGGAGUUGUGUUGUUGGAACUUAUAUCCGGAAGACGAGUCAUCGACACAAUGAGACCUAGUCAUGAACAAAAUCUCGUUACUUGGGCACUACCGAUUUUUAGAGAUCCGACUAGAUAUUGGCAGCUAGCUGAUCCAUUGCUUCGAGGCGACUAUCCGGAAAAGAGUUUGAACCAAGCUAUAGCUGUAGCGGCAAUGUGCCUGCAUGAAGAACCAACGGUUAGACCACUAAUGAGUGACGUUAUUACAGCCUUGAGCUUUCUUGGUGCAUCCUCAAAUUCCUCCAAUACCGGCUCUAACCAUUUGCAACAAAAUCGAUCCAACAAAUAUCAGGAUGCAGUUCAGUGGGACUCAAGUCCUAGAUAUGCUAAUUCGCAAAUGUAGACAUUUUUAUAUUUUAUAUGACCC